AUGGGAGCGGCGGCAUCAGCUGCAAGAGAUAACUUGAGUACAGUUGCAGCCGGGACAAUAUAUAAUGGAUCGCCUCUGAAGUGUAAACUCAGCGACGACGAAGUUGCUUCUUUCGUGCAAAGCACAAAUUUCACGCCAGAUGAGGUCGUUGCUCUGCACGUGCAUUUUGACCUCAUCAGCUCAGCGAAGCGAGAUGACGGACUUAUCGAUCGAAAUGAUUUUCAAACAGCGUUAGGCUUUACCAUCAAAGAGUCGCUUUACGUAGAUCGAAUAUUUCAGCUUUUUGAUGCGAACAAUGACAGCUCAAUCAGUUUUAAUGAGUUCAUACAGAGCGUUUCCGUGUUGUCAUCCAAGAGCGGUACGGCCGAAAAGAUCAAAUUCUCUUUUGACAUAUUAGACCUUGACCGCGACGGGAAGUUGUCGAUGCAAGAGCUACUCAGUAUGCUCGAGGCAUGCAUUCAGGAAAAUUGCAUUGAUAUUCCUGCUGAGUGUCUUAAGACGAUCGUGACCAAAACGAUAGAUGACCUUGAUCAGGACAAGGAUGGCUUCAUCAGCUUUGACGAGUAUCGGAUCAUGACUGAGACAAAUUUGCAGAUGCUAAAUCACGUGACAUUAAAUGUGUCUGCUCUCAUCGCUGAAUAUAUGCCCGCACUGCGCGUGGCAAUUGCAAAUCAGAGUUAA